AUGCGCUAUGGCAUCUAUACAACAUCGGGCACUGGCUACUUCCAGCUGACUCUGAACGGUACCCUCAACAGUCCAAUUAUCAUCCAAGGUGCACCUAAUGAAUCACGCCCGAUUAUUCAAUGCCCUCAAGCUGGUGCGAGUGCUCAAAAUGUUAUGAAUAUUCAAGGUUCAAAUUUCAUGGUGAAAGGGAUAGCAUUUACCAAAGGCUCAAGAGGAAUCCGUGUUGGGCCGGCUGUUACAACCAAUGCAAUCUUUGAUAAUAUUUACAUUUACAACACUACUGGAACAGCAUUUUCAGCCAACGAUGCAGGUAAUGAAUAUGUUAAUGUAACAUUACGAAACAGUGAAAUAACAAAUACAAACGCUUUAGCUAAUACAACAGGUGAAUGUGUUUAUCUUGGAUGUGCCGAUGAUACAUGUCGAAUUCGUGAUUCAAUCAUUGACCACAACUAUUGUCAUGAUACACUUGGUUCAGUAGGAGGAUCGAGGGCUGGGUUCCAAGUCAAAACUGGAUCAUAUAAUGUUAUCAUUCGUAAUAAUGUUUGUUACAAGGUAGUUGGACCUUGUAUUGUUGUUUAUGAUGAUUAUGAUCGUGGACGAAAUUUGAUUGAUGGAAAUUUGGCAAUCAGUGCUGGAACAGCUGAUCUCGGAAUACAAUGUACAUCUGGAGCGACAAUCACUAACAAUAUUGUGAUUAUCGCCAAUCUUGCCGGAAUUGGUGUCAUUCAGAAUUCGAUUUAUCCUGCUAUCAACUACAUUCGAAAUAUAACAAUUAGUCGAAAUACUGUUUAUAUGUCUCAAGCGGAUGCAUGUCUUCGUCUUAAUGGCGUUACAAAUAAGAAUAUUACAAUUUCCAAUAAUGUACUCUACUGUGGAAGUCAAUUAUCAAUCAAAGCUACAAAUGAUUUGACAGGUGCCUCAGUUUACAAUAAUGCUGUCAAUGGUAGUAUUAGUGCUACAGGCAUUCAAUCAUGUGGAACAUUCGCAAUCUCUAACAAUGUCUUCAUCAAUGCUACAGCCAAUAAUUUUUAUCCAGCAGCAGGGUCUCCACUGAUCAAUAAGGGUGCGAAUCCAUUUUAUCAAGCUCUUUAUGAUUACAAUGGAAUGAGUAGAUCCCUAGCAACACCAACCGUUGGCGCAUACGAAUAUUCUACUACAAAUAAUUCUGGGUGUGCGACAACGAACAAUUUUAAAUGUGGCUCAUCCACAGCUAGUGUACCACAAUAUCCAUUAAUCUCUUGA